AUGGAAGACAACGACAAUGACUAUUUUUCAGACGACGGCUUCGACUUCCUGCCGCCAGGCACCUUGCUGCAGCUCGAGCAGGAUGCCAUUGCACGCACCGCAGCCCGGCAGCCCGUCCACGACCGAGAUUCCGCGGCUCGAAAUCUUCCUCGGAACGAUAUCGCGCGUCAAUCUGCCUACGAUGGAGGUACACUGAAGCUUCCUCGAUAUUUACACACCGAGUUAACGGAUGACUAUGGAGCCGUGGAAGUGGGAGAGCUAGACGCGGAGGUCUUGGAUGGUGACGAUCAAUCGGUUGUCGCUCUGGAACAGCCGCCUCCAGCUCUCCCAGAAUAUCUUCCCGUGGAGGGCGCACAGGAUAGCGUUAGUCGUUCUGCACUUCAAGAAUAUGAGCGGGAGCAGCGAAUGCCACCCUAUGUGGACAGAAUGGAGGUCGAAGAUGAGGAUAUUGGCGAUAGUACUCUUCCGGACGAUUUGCAUGGCUCCUACGGACGGAUGCAGGAACUCGCUGCGCGCAUUGAAGAGCUUACUAGACAGAACGAGCAGGUCCUACAGGAACUUGCUGCAGCUAAAGCUACAGCAGAAACGAAAGCCGGUGAAAUUUCCAUCAUCCGAUCCAACCAAGUGAGACUCAAAGAGAGCUAUGACCGUCAAUUGGCAGCCCUACGCAAGGCAAUGGCCGAAGCAUCUACAAAACAUAAGGAGGAAGUGGACGCAGCACGGGCAGAGGGUAAAAUGCUUGCCACGGAAAAUGCGUUUCUCAAGCACGACCUCGCAGAGGAGGCCUUUCAUAAAACUAGUCGAAAAGCCAAAGGCAAGACUGGAGACAAAGAAUUGCCAACGACUCCUAAGAAGACGAAGGUCCUUCCCUUUCGUGAUGGAUUUGACGACGAUGAAAUCAUCAUAGUGUCGCCUAGCAAGUCAAGGGAAAAUCGGUCGAAACGAGGAACGCCCGUGGUACCUGGCAAACGAAAGAGAAAUGACAAUCUGGACAUUUCGGUUCAAAGUCCCUCAUUGCAAUUGAGUUCGAAGGUGGGCCCUAGUGACGAUGCUCCCAGGGAUGUACCUAAUCCCGUACUUAAAGAUACAGAACACAGCGAGGAUCUGCGUCAACAAAAGGAAAGUCUCAAUGUGCGGUAUAUAAAAAGGAUCUUCAAUCACCGGACCCCUCCCAACGACAGGACUGAUAUAGAAGUUCUGGGGAGCAUGUCACUCCCGUCCAAGCCGCAGCAAACGCUCUCUGCCAUUGUCCUGGGACAGAUGUCGAGCUUGCACUCAGGUAACUGCCUUGUGGAUCACGGGAAAAUAAUUGCUUCUUUGUGGUCUCGCGCCCUGAAAGAAAAAUUCUUCGAACCUAUUCCUAUUUUCAUGUCAAUUACUAGACUUAUCUUCACACUAGACUCGCUUUCUUCCAUCCCUGAGCUGAUUGAACAUCUGGUACCGGUGCUGCAAGAAUCAGCAGAAGUGAACGGGGUGCCCCGGUUCCAACACUCUCCCGUCUCGCGGCAAAGUCUAGGUCAGAUCCGACAGACGCCACUGUCAGCAUUGAGACCCGAGGUCGACUCGACUGAGGCGCUCAGCUUGCUCUACCAUGUAGCAUGUGCAUGUCUGCACAUGGAGCCGGUCCUCCAGAAUUUCUGGCGACACAUACGGUACGACUUCAUUUUGAUGACGCUCAACUGCUCGCAGCCCGUCAAGGAUAUCAUUCUGUCACUGAAUCUCUUAGCAACCAGUAUCCGGCCUGAUUCCUUUGGGCCUAUUCUGGAAACGGAGCAAGACCAACGCGCUAAUGAAGCCUACAUAAUCGACCGCGCAGCUUAUCUACUUAGUGAGACUCUCCAGGUUGAUGAAGGACAGGAUCCAUAUACCCCAUUUGAAAUCAGCAACAUGCGCCUGGAGUCUCUUGCUUUCCUGACAGCGGUGGCAUUCAAUCCAAUAGAGCCAGUCAGUACUCAUGGCAGUUCCGUCAUUGCAACCCAUCCGACUGUGCUGGCCCGCCUUGUCCGAACAAUGCAUGAUGAACUCAAUGCUCUUUACUCGUAUCCUCCGGAGCGGGACAUGCAUACGUCUAUGGUCAACGGUCUAAUGCGUUUAAUUUAUGGGGUCAUGCGCAUUCACGGUGACAGCGUAGACCUGCAGUCGAAGCUCCGACGAGUGGCAGGGGGUAAACAGAAGUUCUUGGUGGUUCUCACUCGCUUGGCCUUCAGUGAUGGCCCUAUUCUCGAAGCUGGCAUUACUGACGAGACAGUGGAGAUGGCACACGAAAUCUUGGAUGGCGCUGUAAACCCUCAGGAGGCCGAGGCGUUACUGGAGGCGUUUCCGACUGGGAGACCUCCGGACGAAACUGGUUCUCGAGAUGGUUCAGCUGCUUGA